AUCUUUCUCCUUCCCUUGGCUUUUCUUCUUCUCCGUAGCAGCUGCAGCUUCACCUGCCGCCGGUUUACUGCUUCAUCGCCCUCGCUUACUGUGAAUAUUUUGUGAGUCCCUUCCGCCUGGUCACGAAACGGUGGUUAUUAUUAUUGUCAAUUAUCAAUCAAAACAAGGGUAGUCUUACAUCAACUCAAAAUUCAAUCUUCCUUUCCGAUGUAUUGGAUUGGAUUGGAUGUUGUGGGAAUUAGGAAAGGAAAUGCCAAUUUUGCUUUUCAGAUUGAUUGUUCUGUUUCCAUUAGAGAACUCUAAUCUAAUCUUUGUACUAAUUGACUAUUUCACUUUGGUUUUAAGAUUUCAGGGAAUUGGGAAGAAUUUGGAAUGGGUGCCAGUAGCGAUCCCAACCCUGAGGCCUCUGACGAGCAGCAGAAACGCUCCGAGAUAUACACCUAUGAAGCCCCCUGGCACAUCUUCGCUAUGAACUGGAGCGUACGCCGUGACAA